GCCCGGGUGCACGUCCUGCGUCUGAACUCCCUCAUCUAUACCAUAACCUCGUUAGCCGUGACGUAAACCACGACUACAUACUUAUACUGAACACAGACGGACGUCGCGAAACGCGUAGCUGCACCGACCGGUACCAGUGCUACGGAACAGUACCAGUGCUACGACAGAUAACCUUGCUCGCUGCAUUUAUUAUUCAGUGACUGCGCUAAGCUUUAGCAAGGAUGGCGCCCUUUACAGGUAAACAUGAGGAUCGACCAAGGAAUUGACAACGGGAAUGUGGCAGCCAUCAAUCCUUAUGAUAAUGUACCACACGUUAACAUAAACAAUCGAAGUUGGCAUUUAUCUAAUAAUAUCCAGUCUAAUAAUCAAUAUCAAAGCCAUAAUUUGCAAUAUAAUCUCAACUCUAACUACAACCAUCAAGAAACGCUAGACAGUCACGGAGUUUUUGAAAAUAACACUGCAACUUCUGAGUCAACUAACAUUAUAGAUAGUGACUCUCAUGUAAAAGAAGUGUGUAAUCGGCAAUACAGAAUAUACUCCCAAAACAACUUAAACGUAAACACUAGCAACAAUAUUCAAACAGCCAAUCUGGCGGGAAGUGUUGUUAGUACUAACAUCCACAGAGAAAUAUUUAAAGAAGACUCUAAUGAAUAUUCCAAUACAUCACCCAUUGAAGAAGACAGGGCGUUUGAGCACUCUGACACAGAUGAGAUGUCUGAAAACGGUAUACAAGCUUUACCACGAGGCAUUGUAAAUCCAAACUACCCUGGUUUCCAACACUUGGCGCACACUUUGCAGGAUUAUUCUUCAACCAUAGAAAAUUUUUACCACUCGGAAAAUGAAAUGACUGACGAUGAUGUAGAUAUAGAAAUAACAGAAUUAGCAUAUGAAAAUGAACCCAUUCAAAACAACACUUUAUUAGAGAAUACAAAUAUUAAUAACAACAAUAAUAAUGAAAAUACAAUAGUUUGUUCAGAUUUUCAGACGUCUGAGAAUGACUUGUUAGCAAACACAUUAUUAGAUAGUCACAAAACUAAUGAUAUUCCAGAUAUUAUAAAAACUAUAUCCCAAAAUAAUAAUAAUAUUAACUCAAUCAACUGUGACUUUAAUUGUACAGACACAGAUAUAGAAAACAAUUUUGAUACAAAAGAUAUAAUAGGCGAUUUCAAUAAAGAGAUUGAAGAUGAAAUAAAACAAUUGCUUAAUUAUAACAUCAAUAUUCAAGACGACUUAGAAGAAUUAAGAAAAGAUAUUAAAGAUACGUUUGCGAAGCCUAUAGAAAAUACCAUUAAUAAUAUAAGUGAAGUGGUUAAUCACGUAAUAAAGAAAUUAGUUGAAACUAAUAGUUCCGAACAAGUAGAUGAUUGUACAGAUAAUUAUGGGAAUGAAAGUGCUUAUGACAAGGAAAGAGAUGAUGUAGAUAAAGAUAAUGAAACAAACACAAGAACAGAAAUGAAUCUCAGUAGGCCUACAUUUUUACUAAUUGAAAAUACCAACACUAAUAUUGUAGAUGCUCACUUAUCAGAUGGUAAAGAUGAAAUCUCUAUUGAUGAAAAAGAGUAUGACACCGAUAAGCUAAGCAAUGACGUUGAGAAAACAAUUAAGCAACUAAGUACAGAAUUGAGAAAGAUAAUUCCAAAACUGGAUGAAAUGCGAGAAAGGGAUAAAUUAUGGGGUAUAACUAACAUGGAUACAAGGUCUAUAGUCACAGAUGGAAACUCCAACGAAGUAGCUUCUUCUUCGUGUCAUUUGGUUAACUCAAGGGAAACCAACUCUGAAAUUAAUAUAACUGUUCACAAUAGAGACGAUGAUUACAUUAAAUGCAGGAGUCCAUUGAAACCAAAAAGCGAAUCAAGAGCAUCGAGAGAACGUCAAAAGGAAAUAAUCUCACCUAGGGAAAGUGCACGAACCGCUCAAAACAAAAUAUCCGUCCGUAAUAACAGUGCUAAGGAAUGUGAUCUAGGAAGUUUUGAUGUGUACAAUAUAGAAACUGCAUUACCCAAAUUAGAUUUGGAUGCAAUUGAAAAUCACAUAAGAGCGGCUAAAGAAGCAGAAAGACGAAAACGCAAUGAUCGAGAGGAAAUUAGAAGAAGAUUGGCAAUGGGUGUUGAUAGUGAGGAAUAUUAUAGUAUGGGCCAUACAGAUCGCCCAGGGAAGAAACCUAGCUUACAUUCCCGGUUACAAAAUGGGAUGAAUCUACAAAUUUGUUUCAUGAAUGAGACAGCAUCAGACAAUGAGUCUCAAACGUCAGACGUAGAGAAAAAUUCAAACUAUAAUAGCAAAAGUUCAUCCCGAUCAAGUCUUAUCAGCAAAUCCAGCUAUAAUCAUCCUUACCAAACAAGACCAUUAUCAGUAAAUAUCACAAAACAAGACAAAAUUAGCACUGUUCAAAGUGGUGCAAAACUGCGACCCACAUCUUUAUCAAUGCAAAAAAAGUCCCGAUCUUCACAUUCGUUGGGUCACAUUGAGCUAAAGGAGUCAGAUUUUUACGCUCUACAAGCAACACUACAGACAGAAGCCAGAAUUGCAUUAGCACAAGCUAAAGAAAUGGCCCGCAUACAGAUGGAGCGCGAGCGCCGCAGCCGGGCCGUGUCGCCGGUGACGGAGAUGCUGCGCCGGAGCAUGGAGAAGGCCAGCGCGCCGCUCGCGCCCGACCGCCGCCGAGUGUCGCGGCAGCUGCUCACCGACAUGAACAUCGCACAGUUACAGGUGAUAGUUAACGAGCUGCACUCGCAGAUCGAGUCGCUGAACGACUCGCUGGUGAAGCUGCUGAUGGCGCGCGACGAGCUGCACAUGGGCCAGGACUCCAUGCUCGUGGACAUCGAGGACCUCACCAGAUACUUGGGCGUUAAGGAGCAGUCUAAGAAGACCAAAGGAUCCACAAAGUCCGGAAUGAGAAGGCUCACGUCCCUGGUGCACAAAUAAGUACACAAUGUUUAAUGUUAGAUUUAUUACGGCAAUUUGUUCUAAUUUUAAGUACUGACUGAAUGGUUGCUAUAAUUUUUUAACAUUGUACAGUACAACCACAACAGAAAAGACCAGUGAAAACCCAUGAUGAGCCUGUGCUUCUAUUUUUUAAGAUAAAUGUCGUACUGUAAAAUGUUCUUAAAGAAAUAUAGCAGCUAUACACGUCAUCCUAUAUAGUACAUGCAAAGCGGCGUAUGUAUGUUUAGGUACGGUGAAAUAUGUUAUUCGAUUAAAGUGGGAUCCAACAUUAUGUACUUUGUAUAAACGAUAAUUUUAAAUAUUGUAUGUCAGAUAUACUAUUCAGUGACAGAUAUUACUAAAUUGAAUUUGUAGACUGUAUCACUACUAUUUAUUCGCCUAAAAUAGGUUGCUUUAAAAACAUAAUAUAAUCCGAACAGAUUUUCAUGCAAAUCUUAAUAAUCUUCGAGACUACAGUUUGCAUGAAAACUUUCUUGACGUAUACUGGAUUUUAAUGUAAUUAUAUAAACCCUACAUUUUACUGUAAUUACAUAAACCCUACAUUUUACUGUUUCUAAAUGUUACCUACAUAUUAUAUUACGUAUAAGGUUUCUCCUACUCGUAAUCUUAAUGUAAUUCCGUCACAGUUUCCUGUCUAUAUCUAAAAUUGCGUAUAUCGUUGUAUACAUUUUGAAAUACAUAUAUUAUAUUCACAUAUAUUAUGUCCGCUUUAAAAUAGAUACUAGCCCACCUAGAGAUAUUAAAUAUUUUGUGAUUAUUCGCAGAUUAGAAGAAAUAUUUUUUCAAUAUAGUGCUCAUUGUUAUAAAUUGCCGGAGGUUGGGUUUCGUCUGUUGAAACAAAAAGCAAUUUAAAGUUCCCAUAUUAUGUAAUCGUGACACGUAUGUAAUAUGUGUACUAAUAUAAUCGUGAUAUUUCGUAUAUUUACUAUUAAUAACAAAUUCUUAACCUAACAUUUCAUAUCGUUGACUUUGAGCCACUUAAUAAUUAGGGUAAAUGAUUUAGUUAUCGCCCAGCAUAAUGCUGAUUGAACUCUUUUUUGUUCUGUUCUAUGAAAGGAAUUAAUGGAAUUUUAUCCAGUUACAUGCCGUGAUAAGGAUAGGUAGCAACAUUCUUCUGAUUUCUUUCAUAGGGAGUUUAUCACCGUACGCUGGACAAAAACUCCAAAAUUUACCCUACAUAGACAAAGUAACACCAAUGCGUAUUGGAAAGACUUAAGAAUCUUAUGACCGUAUGCUACAUACUUAGAUAGACAUCAAUUUUAUCUCUUAUGAAAUUAUAUCUCGUGCUAAUCAAUCUAGGUGCGCGUUUGCAUAGGUAGUGAAUAGAUAUACGGUUUAAUUUAGUAGAGUUCACAGGCGAAUUCAAACCUACCGGCGAUAUGUAGUAUAUUCACUUAUAUUAGGUAGGCAUGUAGUGAUGCACAUGCCUAAGUCUUAUAUUACAAGAGGCUUGUUCUUUAAAAAUGUAGAUCGUAAAGAUGAUGAAUGGCGUCGAAUUGCAACAUCUAACAGAUUUACAAGUUACUAAGUUCUAAUCAUUCUAUUCUCAGACCUACUUAAUACACAAAAUUUCAUAAGAAUCGGUCAAGCCGUUUCGAGCAGUUUUAUUACAAACACUGGCACGAAAAUUUUAUAACAUUAGAUCAGCUCAUUAAACCUCCACGCUUAAUUAAAAAGUACAUUUACUGUACUUGUGCAAUCUGAUAUACUGCGUGUUCAAAACAAUGAAGGAAUAAAAUGAAAUCUAUCUAUAUCGUCAUCGACUCUCACAAAACGAAUGCGAAUAUAAAAUAGCAGCUGCAUAAAAAGUGGUCGAAUGAAUAUUUUUACUUGCGUUCCCAACAUUUACCACAUUUGGUAGCUUGAUCCUGAUUUACAAAGUUAAUGGGUCCGUGAAACUUUACCAGUUUUUACUGCACACUUUUUCUGUAGAUGGCUUUUGUUUUAAACCCCCUUAGAAUCCGAUACGCAAUCAGAGUUACCUGUGGAUAUCUAAAAUAACAAUGAACUGUUUCGAAUAGACAGUUAACUAUCACAGAAAAGCACUACAGACUUUAAUUGAAGAGAAAAAUAUCUUCGUACGAAAACCUAAGACUAAGUAACUUAUAAAUCUGGUAAUCUGUGUUGCAGUUUGAGUAAAAUGCAUAGGCAAUAAAACUGCUGAUAAUAUACUUUUUCUAUCACGUUGUUACCCGUUAUUUUGGAUCUGUAGUCUCGUGGCGUUUGCGCAGGCCUAACACUUUGUUCAGCUUUAUAGGAAAUUGAUUAAUCAAACUUAGUUCCCAGUGAUUCUUCAUUAAAUUAAAAUAGUAACCAGCUCAAGUUGAAUAUUUGAAACUAGGAAAAUAUAAAAUAAUACGACUUUGUAGUAACAUAAUAAUUACCUCAUUCUAAAAAUCUCGACGCCUCUCCUAGUGCUCUUAAAAGACGCCUGUGCAAAGCCCAAUUAAUAGUUGUUAAUUAGACCAAUAAACAUAGGAUAAUUUUACGUUAUAUUUUUUCCUGAUAGUUUAUGACGUUUUUCGUUAUUCAUAAAUUGCAUUCCCAAUCGAUAACAUAACUCGAUGUAUUUCAAAAAAUCUAAAACUGCAGCAUGAUAAGUUAAUUUUAUUAUAUUAUUUAAAUAUACAUACAAGCGUUCUCCCAACCGAAUUUAUUUAGGUUUAUAUUCCAUACAUUAAUUAGUUAUUUUAAACGAUGUUCUUUAUGUACUGUUUUACUUGUUUGUAUGUAUAUAAAGUUAAACAAUUCCAGAUCUCUUAGUUUUUUCUACUUGAUAUUAUAUAUUUCUCGGAGUUCCUUAAACUUACUGAAAUUUAAAUUUAUGUACAUCCUUAGGUUGUUGUUAAUUUAGUUUGCUAGAUUGAUUCAAUGUGUAGUUACCUUUCUUGUGUGUUACUUUAGUGGGAUUAAUUAGUUCUUUGCUCCCAAAUUAUUUUCUAUCUAAGAAUAUGUAUUAGCUUUUUCUUUAUUAAUUUGAUUACCCUUUGCCUACUUGUUGGAAUUUAUUUUAACAUCAUUAUGUUUCAUUUCGUUUAAAUAUUCGUCCCUCUAUCUUUAUAACAUGGGAGCAAAUAAUAACUGUAUAAUAAUAAAAAAAUGUGUAAACAGCUAUAAAUGAUGUGAAGUAAAUCACCAACAUGCAAAAGGCAGAGCCGUACUUCGAUAUUUUUUGAUUUAUUUUCCCUUUAGUUUUACGAUCUUAAUAAGUCGGUCUCAAUCAUGUUUUUAAAAUAUUCAUUGCAGGCAUUCGUUCUGUCAAAGGAUUUUUAUACUUCAUUAAUGGAUCGUAUUAAAUUCUUAUUGAUACUCA